AUGUCUGUUCAAGCAAUAACUAAUGGCAUGAGCUUACUUACUCUUGAUAAUCCAGUUUUACCAUCUCAUUAUGAGAUUAAAUUGAAUUUAGAGCCAAAUAGUGUUACUGCUAAAAGUUCAAUUAAAAUUACUAUGAGUAAAAAUGAUAAGAUGGUGGCUUCGGCAAAAGAAGAUUUAAAGCAAUUUAGAUUACAUUCAAAAGAUUUAAAAAUUGCAAAUGCUUUUAUUGUAGAUGAAGACAGUAACAAGAAAUUACUUUUAAAAUGGAAAGAAGAUGUAAAUACAAAUUUAUUAACCUUAAAUAGUGAAGAGGCAAUCCCCUUUAAAGAUAAUCAUUUUUUCCUCCAUAUUGAGUAUGAUGCCACUGUCAAAAUUAUCAAGACUCAUGAGGAUAAGACCUAUGGUAUAUUUAAGACGAAUUUUAUGAAACAAUCAAGUGAAUCAUCAAUUGCUGAUAAUGUUAUUAUUUCUACCCAUUGCCAACCUUCAUAUGCAAAAACUAUUUUUCCAUGUGUCGACGAGCCAUCUAUUAAAACUUCAUUCCAAUUAACUUUGGAAACUCCAAGUCAAUUCAAGACUAUUUCUAAUACUGGAAUUAAAUCUGAAGAGAAAUUAAAAUCUGGAAGAACAGUGACGACUUUCAAAACAACACCAUUAAUGAGUACUUCUGUGUUUGGUUUUGCUGCUGGUGAUUUUGAUUUUAUCAAGUCUGAAGUUGAAAUGCCUAUUUCAAAGAAAAAAAUUCCAUUAUGUGUUUAUGCUCCAGAUAAUAUCGAUUUCACAGUAUUUACCCUAGAUACUAUACAGAAAUAUUUACCAUUACUAGAAAAUUAUUUCAAUAAGGAGUAUCCUUUAGAUAAAUUGGAUUUUGUUUUAUUACCAUUUCUAUCUGAUAUGGCUAUGGAAAACUUCGGUAUGGUUUCCAUUUUAAUGAACCAUUUAACUUUACCACCCCAGGCCUUAGCGAAUGAUAAUAUUAGAGAACAAUGUCAACAAUUAAUUGUUCACGAACUUGUUCAUCAGUGGUUUGGUAAUUUUAUCACUUAUGAAUCUUGGGAAUACCUAUGGUUUAAUGAAUCAUUUGCAACUUGGUUGGCUAGUGUCUUAUUGACAGAAACUGGCGAUUCGCCAAGCUACUGGACCUCGAACGCAUAUUUGCAGCAGCACAUGUAUAUAACAAUGGAAAAUGAAAUCAGCAAUCCUUCCAUCUUAAGUAUCAUCGAACAAUCAAAACGUUCGAUGAAUUCUGAAAUUAUCGAGACUAGUGAUGUCUUUAAUGCCCAUUCUUAUGCAAAGGGUAUUGCAAUUUUAAGAUCGUUACAAUUGACCAUUGGUGAUGAGUUAUUGAAAAAAGGUAUCCAAACGUUUAUCAAUGAUGAAAAAAAUCAUACGCACUCCAUAAAGCCAAUGGAUAUGUGGACACAAGUGGGUUCAACUUUGAAGUCCGCCAAUAUUGCAAAUUAUUUUGCUUCUUGGAGUAGAUUACAAGGUGUACCAAUUGUUCAUGUUGAGGUUGAGACUGAUGGCAAUAAUGAAAUUUCUUAUAAGUUAACUCAACAUAGAUAUUAUCAUGGUGAGCAAGACGAAAUUGAGGAUAUUCCUUAUCACAUCCCAUUAUUUAUCUUAAAUGAAGAUGGAAGUGAAGACAGAAACAACGUCUUAUUUACUGACAGAACUUUGAUCAUUAAUGGCAAGAAAGACUUAGUUUUAUUAAACCAUAAUGGUCAAGGUUACUACAAGGUUUCCUAUGAAAGUGAAACUCUGUAUGACAGUAUUUGUAAGCAAUUACUUGCUAAUAAAUUGAAUGGUGUUGAUUUAUUUACUAUUAUGAAAGACAUCAAGUCAUUCAUUGGUGAUGAAAAAUAUCAAAAGCCAAUUCAUUUUGAUGGACUAUUUAAAAUAUUAAGGACAUUAUGCAGUCCUGAGAUCCAACUUGACGAAACUAGUGUGUAUUGGUACGGGUUAAAUGUUGGUUUAGAUAUCAUACAAAAGAUAGAUCGUUACGAAAGAACGUUCAAGAAUGUAUCGAUGGAUAAAAUUUCACAGACGUUAACUUCUGAAAUAUUUAUUCCAUUCAUGAAUAAGAUCGAUUGGCCAAAAGACUUUUCAAAGAUAAAAGAAAAUGUCUCAACUGAACAAUUAGAAUGUAUGUCACAAAUAAUGUUUUUAAAUAGACAACAUGGGACAAUUAUUAAGAAAUGUGACACCUAUUUCCAAAAGAUGUUAAAUGGACCUAAGCAAUGCAUUCCAAUUGAGUUAGUGAAUAGUAUUUUGACAGUUUAUUGUAGUAAUAUGACCUCAUUAAAACAAUGGAAGAAGUUAAUUAAUGUGAUGGAUGAAACAAGUGAAAGUAAUAAAGAAAUUCUUCAACAUUUAAUUGAGAAUUCCGAUAAUCUAAACAAAUAUGAGAUUAACUUCCAAUUCAUUAAGAAUUCAAUCCUUGAAAAUAUUGGAUUCACCAGCAAAGAAGAAUUAAUGGAGCGUAAUUUAAGAUAUAUUAACGAACAUAUUGGUAGUAUGAACAUUGAAUAUAUUUUAAUUGGUAUUAAUUAUAAUAGCAACGGUGGUGAUGGAGAUGCAAACGAGAAGAAUAUUAAAUCAAUUGAAGAAUGGUAUCUCACAAACCUUCCAAAUUGGAUCAAGAUAGGCAUGAAAUUAAAGAAUACAAUUAAAAACAUUUCAUUAAUUGUAUUCCAAAUAGUGAACAACAAGAAAUCGUUUGUUGACAAACUGACCAGAUUUAAAGGCAAUUCACUAGGAAUUGAUUUCAUCAGCUAUUAUUCUUUAGCUACAGCUGAGAUAAACUCACAGAAAUUGAUCAUUGAAGACUUAAAUAAAGUAUUGUAA